AUGAAAAAAGGAUUUUUCCUAGUGAUAUGCUUAUGUUCCUUAAUAUUAAUAAGAACAUAUAGCGCAUUGUCAUUAAAGGGAAUAAAGGAAGGUGAUCCUCCUCGUUUGAUGUAUGAUAAUAAUAAGGUGAACCAUGGUAACACUUUAAAAGUUAGUAAGGAUGAAUUAAUGAAGCGUAUAGUUCAGGAUGUAUCCUACGAUAUUAAUAAUUUUAUAAACGAUCAAUAUGAAAACAACAACAACAACAAUAAUAAUAAUAAUAAUAAUAAUAAUAAUAUGAGGAGGGAUAAGACAAGUGAAAACGUUAAAGAAUUACAAAAUGAUGAUACAGUGUAUAUAAAAUCUUUACAAAAUAAACCCUUAUUAAAAAUGAAUAAUAAGGAGAAGAAUAAUAAAAUUGAAAUGAAGGAUUCCAAAAAAGGUAAUUACAACAAAUAUAAAAUAAAGCAUAAUAAUAAAUCAUAUGAUGGAGGUAUAUCAAAUAGUAGAGAGCAAAAUAAUGAUGAGAACUAUAUGAGAGAAGAACAAAGGGGGAAUAUGAGCUUUAAAUUAAAUAAUUUAAAUAAAAAAAAAAGUAGAAUUAAAAAUAAUAAGAAUGGAAAAAAAGAAAACAAUAUUGAUAUUAAUAAUAAUAUGAUAAAGAUAAAUAAUAUUAAAAAGGAUAUUCCAAAAAUAGAUAAUGAUAAUAAUAAUAAUAAUAAUAAUGAUAAUAAUAAUAAUAAUAAUAAUGAUAAUAAUAAUAAUAAUAAUAAUGAUAAUAAUAAUAAUAAUAAUAAUGUUGAUGGUGAUGAUAAUACAACAAUACAAAAUAAGGGACCUACUAAUAUAUCAUCAACUAAUGAACAUAAAAACAUAAAUACUAAUAAUCAGAAUAAACAAAAAUUACACAGUGAAAAUCAUCAUAAAAAUAAGUUGACUGAAACGUCACAUAACGGAGAUGUAAUAGAAAUAAGAAUAAUAUCUGAUCCAGGAUUUGUCAAAAGUAACCAUAAGAAAACAGAAAAGAAUAAAAAGUAUGAUAUGAAAGAGAAAGAUUUAUUAAGGAUAAAGAAUGGAAAGAGGAACAAGGAGUUGAUGGGUGUUCCAGAUAAGAUGUCCAAACGUAGAGAAGUAGAAAGGGAGAAGGACCACAUAAAGGGUAACUCAAAAAAUAAAAAUAAAAAGAAAAAUAAAAAUAAAAAGAAAAAUAAAAAUAAAAAGAAAAAUAAAAAUAAAAACUUUACUAUAAAAACCAAUGACGAAAGUAAGAAGAACAAGAUAAGCUAUAUCCAAAUGUAUACGGAUAAAAAUGGCACGGACGAAUAUUCACCAAAAUUAAAUGAUGAUGAAACUUUUGAUGAGGAUAUGUAUGAAGGAAAUGAUGAGAUAGAUAGCAAUAUGUCUAUAAAAAAAAUAAAUGAAGAUAAAAAUUUAUUAGAAUUUGGUGAUGAGGGUGUGAAAGAUAUAGGAAGUACAGAAAAUGAAAUGAUUAAGAAUAAAAAAAAUAUUAUAAAAAAUUCUAGAAAAGUAUACAAUCUUAAUUUGUAUAAUUGUGAUUUGAUAGAUGAUUGGGAUUUGAAUCAUGAAUAUAUCGAUGAAGAAGGGAAACUAAUAAAGUUGAGUGGAUACGUUUUUCAAAACAUUGUAAGUACGGAUUCAAUGCCUACAGUAAAUAUAACUGAUUGGAAACUCAGGGGAUCGUGUAGUUAUGAUAAUUAUAUAUGUGGUGCUUUAAAUUAUAUGAAUAAUAUAUAUUCUAAAGGAGAUAGAGUUAUAUUUGAUGGAAAAAUAUAUGAGGCGACAGCUGAGGUAUAUGAAACACCUAAAGUUAUGGAAAAUUUAUGGAUAGAAAAAACAAAAGAUUGUUAUGAUUUUUAA